AAGGUUGGACGUCUUGGAGGAAGGAGAGCAGGCCGACCCGCACUGAGGUGUCUCAGAGGUGGCGGAACUUGAUCCGGGCCUUGAAAGGGAAGAAUUUGGAAAAGGAGAAUUUUGGGGGAUUUAAAUGAGUUACUUCUGUUCAAGCAUAGAGCGGCAAAGUGACUGAAGUGGAAGAAAAAGAAAAUUCAGGGACGGAUCAUUUGCCGUUGAGUUUGUGUUGUUGCAGCGUUUUUGGCUAAAAUUCAAGAGAAUAUUUAUCAACUUGAUAAACACAGGUACUGGAAAGCCAUUGCCAAAGGUUUAGUCUCCCCAUAGUUCUGAACCAAUGAACAGAACAUGGGAAGCAAAACUGAAGCAAAUUGAAGAGCGAGCAUCCCGUUAUGAGAGGAAACCGUUGUCCUCAGUGUACAGACCAAGAUUGUCCAAGCCAGAGGAGCCACCUUCCAUUUGGAAACUAUUUUAUCGGCAAACUGAAGCUUUUAAUUUUGUUAAAAGUUGUAAAGAGGAUGUUCAUGUAUUUGCUUUGGAAUGCAAAGUGGGUGAUGGACAACGUAUUUACCUCGUAACAACCUAUACUCAACUUUGGUUUUAUUAUAAAUCCCGAAAGAAUCUGUUACACUGCUAUGAAGUCAUUCCUGAAAAUGCUGUGUGCAAACUGUAUUUUGAUUUGGAAUUUAACAAACUUGCCAAUCCAGGAGCUGAUGGGAAAAAGAUGGUUGCCUUACUCAUUGAGCAUGUUUGUAAAGCACUUCAAGAGUUAUACAGGGUUAAUUGUUCAGCUGAAGAUGUUUUCAACUUGGAUUCUAGCACUCAUGAAAAAUUUAGCUGCCAUUUAAUAUUUCAACUCCCUGAUGUGGCAUUUAAAGAUAACAUUCAUGUUGGGAAUUUUGUGAGAAAAAUUUUGCAGCCUGCUUUUCACUUCAUUGCUAGUGAAAAUGAUGACAGGAUUCCAGAAACAACGAACCAUGGAUUUUCCCAUUUUUCUGCAACACCAACUAAACAAGGAAUUUCCUUUAGCAAAACGUCCUCAGAGAAGGAUAUAGGAGAGAGCUGGACGUUGAAUUCAAAGAAACUGGAAAGGCUGGGGUCAGCUAAGCAAAGCAGUCCUGAUCUUUCAUUUUUAAUUGUCAAGAAUAACAAGGGAGAAAAGCAUCUUUUUGUAGAUCUAGGAGUUUAUACAAGAAAUAGAAACUUUCGUCUAUAUAAAUCAUCAAAAAUAGGAAAGCAUGUGGCUUUGGAGGUCGCUGAAGAUAACAGAUUUUCUCCUACACAGUCAACGAAUAUUUCUGAAGAAUAUCAGUAUUUCCUCUCUUCUUUGGUCAGCAAUGUCAGAUUCUCAGAUACUUUACGAAUUCUUACAUGUGACACAUUUCAGAAUGAACAAAAACGAGUCGAGGAUUUUAAUGGUACCAGCACUUCAGUAGAAAGAAUUGAAGGUUUUCAGUGUUCACCCUACCCUGAAAUUGAUCAAUUUGUUCUUUCUUUGGUGAAUAAAAAUGGAAUUAAAGGAGGAAUUCGGCGUUGGAACUACUUUUUCCUAGAAGAAUUAUUGGUGUAUGAUAUUUGUAAAUAUCGCUGGUGUGAAAACAUUGGAAGAGCUCACAAGAGUAACAAUAUCAUGAUUUUGGUUGAUCUGAAAAACGAAGUUUGGUAUCAGAAAUGUCAUGACCCUGUAUGUAAAGCAGGAAACUUCAAAUCUGACUGUUUUCCAUUACCUGCUGAAGUAUGUCUCCAGUUUCUUCUCAAAGACGAAGAGGAGUUGACAACAGAUGAAACAACAAACAGUGAAACCAAGAGUCCUCGUAAACCAUCAUCUUGUACGUUGUCAAAAGCUACAUUGUCUGGUGCUGACUGGGAUAGUGGAAUUGAUGAUACUUCUUUUUUGGAAGCUACUGAAGAUGCUGAACUAGCGGAAGCUGCAGAGAACAGUCUUCUCAGCUAUAAUAGGAGAGUGGAUGAAAUUCCCGAUGAACUAAUUAUAGAAGUAUUGCAAGAGUAGCUAAUUAACUAUGGACACUUACAUAACCAGCCUGUAAUUUGCCUGAAGACAGAUUUAAUAACAUAGUAACUUAUUAUUAAAACUAUUUAUAUUAUCAACUAAAUUUUAUCACUUUGCUUUCCAGUUCUUAUUUUUUAUUGAAGUAAACCAGUUUUAUUGAAAAUUAGCUUUCGUGUAUUUAAAUUCAG